AAUCGUGUACCUCUCGUGUGGAUGCACACCGCGCUGAUACGUGUGUACAUGCUGGGCGCUGUUAGUGUGUUGGAGAAUCUCGUUGGAAAAGCAUCUCCAUUGCGAUGAAUCCCUGCAAUGUGUGCGAGCAGCCGACCAAGAGCAAGUGCUCCAACUGCAAUCAGGUGUCCUACUGCAGUGUGCAGCAUCAGAAGCAGGACUGGAAGGCGCACAAAUCCAGCUGCCAUCCGUUUAAGAUUGCCCACAAUGAGCUGCUCGGGCGACACUUGGUGGCCACGCGCAACAUAAAGCCGCACGAGAUCAUACUGAAGGAGGCGCCGCUGGUGCGGGGACCAGCACAGAUCACGCCGCCUGUCUGCAUGGGCUGCCUGAACAGCAUCGAGCCGGAGGAUCACAUCGAUUGCGACCUGUGCGGCUGGCCGCUGUGUGGCCCCGAGUGCAAGUCGCUCGAGGAGCAUCGGGCCGAGUGUCAGCUCACCCAGCAGCGGGGCCAGAAGGUGAAUGUGCACGAAUUCAAUGGCUCCCAUCCGCUGUACACCUGCGUGAGCACCGUGCGCUGCCUGCUCAUCGGCGAGACGAGCCCGGAGAAGGCGCGCAAGUUCCAGGAGCUCGAGUCGCUGGAGUCCACCAGGCGCGGCUCCAACCAAUGGAAGGCGGAUCUCGCCAGCAUUGGCCAGUUCAUACCCAAGUUCUUCAAGACGGAGAGAUUCAGCGAGGAGGAAGUGAUGAAAGCUGUGGGCGCCCUGCAGAUCAAUGGCCACGAAGUUCCCACCUCGGAUCCCCCACACGUGGCCGUCUUCUACACGGCCUCCUUCACGGAGCACUCCUGCAUGCCGAACCUGGCCAAGAGCUUCAACAAGAACGGACACUGCAUCCUGUGGGCGCCGCGCGAAAUCAAGAAGAACUCCCAUCUGAGCAUCUGCUACUCGGACGCCAUGUGGGGCACUGCCGACCGGCAGCGUCAUCUCGUUCAGACGAAGCUCUUCAAGUGCGCCUGCGAGCGCUGUGCGGAUGUCACGGAGCUGGGCACCUACUACAGCGCCAUCAAGUGUGAGGACAGCCGCUGCGAUGGUCUCAUGUUGCCCAGCAAGUCGGACGAUUGGAAUGGCAGUUGGAAGUGCCGCGAGUGCCAGAAGCAGGUGCAGAGACACUACAUAGAUCGCAUACUGGAGCGAGCGGGCAAAGACCUGCAGACCAUGGAGAAGACUGCGGAAAACGGCUUAAAAUACCUAAAGCACUAUGAAAAGUGGCUGCCGCCGCGUCACUUUCACAUGAGUGAGGUGAAGAUACUGCUCGUCCAGCUGCUGGCCAAGGAUCAGCAGGAACUGAUGGUGCUAGCCGACGAUAAGUUGGCCCUGAAGCUGCAGUUCUCCUCGGAGCUCGUACAGCUAUACGAGACCCUUGCGCCAUGUGAGGUACGCACACUCGGCACGCUCUGCUUUGAGCUGCACUCGGCCAUCGCCGAGCAGACACGUCGCGUGUCCCUGGAGACGAGUCUGUCGCCCAAGGAGCGGCUGGAGGAGUCCCUGCUGUACGUGGACAAGUGCGUAAACUAUUUGCAGUACGAGUCGGACAUCUUUGUGGAGGGUCACAUACUCAAGCAGGCCAAAAUCAAUCGCGAUGCGCUGCGCAUGGUCAUGAGGAUCUCCUAGUCUGGCAAUUGAAUCACUGCAAACCGUGUCGUCCAGAGAUAGCAGCAAUUAUACAGAAGUCUCGAGUGUAUGGCUCUUUUCGAAAUCUACAAUAAAUUGUCAUUACUGGA